AUGAAGCGGCAGAACCUGCGCACGGUCUCGCUGAUCCUCUGCAUCUUCUCCUACCUGCUGGUGGGCGCCGCCGUCUUCGAUGCGCUGGAGUCGGAGGCCGAGAGCGGCCGCAGGCGGCUGCUGGAGCAGAAGCGGGGCGAGCUCCGCAGGAAGUACCGCUUCUCGGCCGACGACUACCGCGAGCUAGAGCGGCUGGUGCUGCAGGCCGAGCCGCAUCGUGCCGGCGGGCAGUGGAAGUUCGCCGGCUCCUUCUACUUCGCCAUCACGGUCAUCACCACCAUCGGUUAUGGACAUGCUGCCCCGGGCACAGAUGCUGGCAAAGUUUUCUGCAUGUUCUAUGCAAUCCUUGGUAUCCCCCUCACACUGGUUAUGUUCCAAAGUCUUGGGGAACGCAUGAACACUGUAGUCCGGUUACUGCUGAAGAAAAUAAAGAAGUGUCUGGGCAUGAAGAAGACUAACGUCUCUAUGGAAAACAUGGUCUUAGUAGGCUUCCUGUCAUGCAUGGGGACACUGUGUGUUGGAGCAGCUGCCUUCUCUUAUUUUGAGGGCUGGACCUUCUUCCAUGCCUAUUAUUACUGCUUCAUAACCCUGACCACUAUUGGCUUUGGGGACUUUGUAGCUCUGCAGAAAAACGAAGCUUUGCAGAAGAAGCCACCAUAUGUGGCUUUCAGCUUCAUGUAUAUCUUGGUCGGUUUGACUGUGAUUGGUGCUUUCCUAAACUUAGUUGUCCUUAGGUUUUUGACUAUGAACUCGGAAGAUGAGAGGCGGGAUGCAGAAGAGAGGGCAUCCCUGAGGAGAGUCAGGAACAACAUCCACCUGAAAGCUAAGGAAGACAGUAAGAGCAGAGAUGCUAUUUUUCUACCCAUAGAAGACAGGACAAGUCAAAUGAACCUCAUCCCACUGAUGCAGGAAGACGCUGAUAGACCAAGACGUCACUCUUCAAACUCCACCGCCAGAGUCCCUUCCUUCUGCACGUGUUUGUGCUACAGACCGCGGCUGUGUGGGAGCCCUGCCCCUUCCCAUCCAGAGACCCUCAGCUGCCACACCAAUCCCGUUUACUAUAAUUCCAUUUCUUACAAAAUCGAUGAGGUCUCCCUGAGCACGAGGGGUCCCACUGGUUUCUCCUCCCCUGGGAGCACUUUAUCGUCCAACAGCCCCAGCUGCAGGGAACACCAAAGCCUGCGAAGGAAAUCCAUCUAA